UUCAUUUGAUUUUCCGAAAUGCUCUAAACAUCAUGAAAGAUUUAGUAGUUCACCACUCUUUUGAAGCUUCACCUAUUUCAACAGCUUUUUUGCCAAACAUGGCACAUAGGAUGCAUGUGUUGCUUGUUGAGCAUGAUAGUGAAGAUCAUGAUAAAGCAAUAAGCAUGUUGCAAUACUUCUCUUACAAAGUUACAGCAGUCAAGCUUGCAUCAACAGCUGUGUCAAUUUUAUCAAAAGGAAAGGCUAAAUUUGAUCUUGUGAUGGCAAAUAUAAACUCACCUGAUUUAUAUGGGUUCCAGCUUUUACAAGAUGCUACUAAAAUGGAUCUGCUUGUGAUUUUGAUGUCAGAUGAAGAUGAUGCUAUAACAACCAUGCUGGCUUUAGAGCAAGGAGCUCUUUUUUGUACCAAAAAACCAUUAACAAUGCAGACAGUGAGGUACUUAUGGCAGCAUGUGAUAAGGGAGAAGACAGGUAAAAUGAGAGGAGACGAGCGACUUAGAGCGAUUGCAGACUGCAACAUGGUACAAAACAAACUUGGACAAGAUCUUAUGUUAAGCAACCAAGAUGUUGGGAAAGAACAUAAGUCAAAGAAAAAAGUGAAAACAGGAACGGCACAGCAUGAUUACGCUGCGUUCAAGAAGAAGGUUUGGACUGAAUGGACUGAGGAACUUCAUGACAAGUUCAUGAAUGCAGUCUUGCAACUUGGAGAGGGAAGUUGCUAUCCAAGAGAGAUCCUUGAACUAAUGAAUGAACCAGGUCUUACCAGAAUGCAAGUGGCAAGCCAUCUCCAGAAAUGUAGGAAUGCAAAUCUGCUGCCCUCUGAUGAUCUGAGAAAACUGAAACCAGCGAAUGCAGAAGCAAAACCACCAAAGAACAAAGCUCCAAGGACAAAGAAAGUGAACUUUGGAGCUAUGCCUCGCAUGAGCAACCACCAGUCCCAUCUCCAGGAAAAUCACGACAAUAAUCAACCAGACAGCAUCAUCGGUCUACCAAUUGAAGGGAAUAUGGCUGGAGAUAAUUAUUACAACCUUGAUCAAAACAAUGAGACGUUCAACAUGGGACAAUUUGAGCAGACUUUUUGCAUGGAUGAGCUGUUUAUGGAAGGUGUCCAAAGUGUUACUCCUGCUUCGUCGUACCAGAACGACAUCGCUGAGGAUGUGUUUGAAUUCCCAAACAUGGAUGUUAUGGUUCAUGAUUUCUCUGGUUUGAUAGAAGAAUUAGGAAUGGAUUAUGAUGCAAGUUUUGAGUCAGUUUUUCUUCACCAAAAUGAGGUACCAAGCACUGGUGAGUGGAGUUUUGAGGUGACGAAAUCAGGGAAUGCUGAAGAGGAAAUCGAGGGCCAGACGAGGGAAGAAGAAUAAUGUCGCAAAUGCAUGCUUAAUUUCUUUCAAAAUUAGAGAUGGAAUAAAGUUAGAUUUAAUGUUGAAGAAGAAACA